CUCUUAGGGGUCAAUAUUGCUCUUCAAAUGCUGAACCGACUUAUUUUCAGGUCAAUCUGCUUUUUCGUAUUACCAGUAGUGUGGUCGAGUAUGUUCCAUUUGCUACCGUUGUCAGCACCAGCUUGUGCACCAGCUGGUUUCGAUCCAUGGAGUGAGUUUACCGACUUGUGA